UCGGCGAAUUUAAUCAAGGGAAAAAGCUAGCCAAUGGCUUCAUCUUCAUCACCCAGACUUGCUUCAUAUUCUUGUGAGAGGCGACCGCUGUUGCUCAAAGAUUUUCUCACAGAUGAUUCAGCACCGUCGUGUUCUUCAAAUGGCCGCUUCAUGAAUUCGUUUCACAAGAAUUCAUCCAAUACUCAGCUACUCAGAAGUCGUUCGAAAGCCACUUCUAUUUCAAUCUCUGCCAUCCACAAGGCUUCAGAAAUGGUGAUAAAUGCCAUUAAGUUUUUACCGUUUGCUUCCAUGGUGAAAUCUCAUUCCAUUUUACCAAGAAGCAUUUCGCGCAAGCUAUCCAGAAGCAGGGAUCAUAAAGACAGUAAACUUACUCCUGUUGUUCCUGGGGCUGAAGAGGUCUCAGUGGCUACACCCAAAAUCAAGGACAUUUUACGAUGGAAAUCAUUCAGGGACGUGGUGGAAGAACUUUCAACCAGCUGGUAUGAGAGGGAUUUUACUGCUGAAGAUUUACCUUCAUGGGGUGGUGAAAACACUGAGUUCAUGGACCACAACAGGAAAAAAAUGGAGGGGCAAUUUUCAAUUGAUGAGAACGAGCUACACAGCCCAGUUUCAGUUCUUGAUAACCCACCAUUUUGCGAAGAUGGAGGAUUCGUUUCUUUCUUCAAUCGAAGCAUUGAUACCAUGGAAAGGAGGAAAUGUAUACUUAUGCAAAGGAUCGAAGAGUUUGAAAGUCUUGCUAAACUGGAGACCUUUGACUUGGAGGAAGGACUUGCCACCGAAGAAGAUUCCAUAGCCGAAGAAUUGGAUGAAGAAUCAAAUGCAGUGGAAGCAAAGGCCAGGGAAUUACUGAGCCAAGUCAAAGCAACUGCCUCCUCGGCCAAGAGAUUUGAAGCUGAUGAAAACCAUCUAUUACUGGAUUUCUUUAGGCAUGAAUUGGCUAUUACUACAAGUAAAAGGCAAGAAGAUGCUGAACCAGCUGGUUAUGAACUUCUGAGACUAGCAAAAUCUUGGAUAAGCAGGGAACAAUGCGAUGGUACAUUUGAUUGGGAGAAGGCAGAGGCCUCUCUUAGGGAUGUGGAAAAUGGACUCAGAUGGGACAAGUUUGAUGAGGAGCAGCAAGAGUUGGGCCGUGAGCUGGAGAUUCAUGUCUUGAAUUAUCUGUUGGAUGAGCUUCUUUCUGAUCUUGUAAUUCAGUUGAGCUCAGGCAAACAAUUUUAAAAUGAAAAACCUUUAAUAGGACAUACAACCAAAAUUAUAUGACAGGGGAUUGUAAGAUGCUGAAUCAAAUAAGUUCAAAAUUUUAUUUCCCCUUUUGACA